AUGAUUCUCUCGGCCAACUCCCAACAACCGACAGAAUUAGAGCUAAUUGGACAGGCACUUGAGCGUCUUGCUGACAGCUUGUUGGCUAGACAUCAGAUUUGGGCCGCCCACUUCUGCUACCUUCUGGUUCCAACAGCAAUCAGUUCUUUUCCUGUCAGCUCAUCUGUAUUGAACGAGCAAGAUCAGCCUGUUCGUCUCCGCCUCCCAUCCAGAAUUCGCCUUAUUGGCCUCGCAGCUGAGGGACAAAUGAAUGCUCUUCAGAACACAGGCCCUUCGCAUCAUUCUGCUGAUUCCUCAAACAUAGAAAAGAGUGGUGUAGCUCGUCGUUCAGAAUCGCGAUUUGAGGCGUCAAUAGAGGCUAUCCAGUUGACUGAGAUUUACGAGUAUGCAAUGCGGCUAGCCGACCGGCGGUUGCGCAUCUUUGAUCUGAUGGUAAGACAUUGCUAA